UUUGUAUUUUGUUUGAAUGUCUAAAACGUCGUCUUGACAACGAAUUUGGUGGCUUUUUUAUGAAUUAUUGGAUUGAUUUUAAUAUGAAUUUAUUAAAUUAUGGAUGAUCCCCACAAGUCUUCACCACAUACGUCUGAAAUUAAGAACAUUCUUCCGGAUGUCGUGCAUUCUCAACAGAUACCCACUGUAGGAAGUGCUACAAACGAGUCGGAAUCAGGUGUAGAAGCCAGUGAAGACACAGCAGAAAUCCCGAUUAUCCAUGAUGUGGAGGACAGCAAGACUGAGUCCAUAUCGGAACAUAUUCCCUCCAAAAUUGAAUAUUCUACAGAUUCCGACCAUGCGGAUAAGUCACAGAAUCUUCUCAAAGUUGAACCUGAGCAGGAGAAAGCCUCUAAAAAUAGUUCCCUAAACAUUCCAUUCCCAGAGUCCCAUGGCAGUGACAACCAAAGUACACAAGAACCCAGUAAAGUCAGCUUAUCCUUGCCCCUGGAUGUUAAUGUUGUUUCUGAUAUCCAUCUCUUGAGUGAGGAGAGCCCUGUGAAUUUAGUUCUUGUGUCGGACUUAUCAAAAGACACACAGGAAAAAUCACAAAAUGAUAUGACCAGUGAAAAGAUAGAAACAAAUGAACAUGGAUCUCGAAACUUAUCUCAUAGAAGUGACAAGUAUUUGGAUUCUUUAAAUGAGGAUUGUAGCCUAAAAUCAGAUUUAUCUUUGCGAGAUUCUGCAGAAAAUUCAAAUAAGACGGAUUCUCCUGAGAAAUUAAGUUCUGGAUCUGAAGAAAUUAUUAAGUUGGAUAUUAGAGGUCAGGGUGCUCCAAAAUUUCCGUUUCCUGCUGCUAAAAUUAUAUUUGGACCACCACCUGAAGGUGGGACUCUCAUAGACUCAAAUAUUGAAGCUAUUCCAGUAUUUCCAAAUUUAUUGUCACCCUUUCUUGUUGGGGCUGGUGAUAGUGUAAAAGUUGAAGAAGUAUUUGAUGAUCUAGAGCAAUCUAAAGAACCAUCUCCCGAUAAGUCAGCACCAUCAUCACCUGAAAAAGAGAGUAUGUCCAGCAACAUAUCACUACCUUUGUCGCUAGACAAACAAAGUCUGUCUACGGACAAGUCUUUGCAGAUGUCACCAGACAAACAAAGUUUAUCAAGUGAUAAGGUAGAGGCUGACUUGUUGGUGGAAGAAAUUACUGUUGCUGACGAAAUGAAGGAAAAGGAAUAUGACAAACCUGAAGAGAAUACCACACCAAAGUCAAUGCCACCAGAAGAAACUAUGUCUUUUAGCACAUUGACUACUGAUUAUAAAACUAUAUGUGAAGAAUAUCAUGUGAAGCUUGUGCACUUGGAAGACGCUAUUACGCAGCGUGAUGAAUUAAUUGAAGAACUGACCAUCUCAUUACAGCGCUCGGUCCGCGAACGUGAUGACCUGAGACAUGAGAAUAACCAUCUUACGAAUGAAGUACAAAAUCUCCAACACAUAGUUGGUGAGAGAUCUAUAUCUGAUCAUGAUACUGUUAAGGGACAGCUAUCUGACUUUAUGAAGUAUCAAAGCCUAAUAAAAGACGAAAGCACAAAAUUCUACUCGGCAGUUAUGAGCGGAGGGUCCUCUAUCCAAAGUUCAAACGGCGAAAAAGAUAUGGACAGGGAGGAAAUAGUAAUCAACUAUUCGAAGUCUGAUCUCAGAUCAUCAGACGUCUCCGAUGAAUUUCAGACUGGCUUCGAAAAUAAAUUAACAACAUUGAUCAAUAAGUUCGAUAGCUAUAUAGAGGAAAAUCUAAGGAAUAAACUGAGGGAGAGUUUGAUACAAAUUUUGUGUGACGAAAUUGGGAAGAUGAGGCUUGAUACUGAUACGGAAAUUAAGGAGCUGGAGUCUCAGAUGCAGCAGGACAAGCACGCCUUCACUGUGGAGACGAGGCGGCUGAGAGAGCUGCUGGAGUCUGUAAAGGCUGGGAAUGCAGAUAUCGAGGCCUUGAGACAAGAGUUGGACGUGAAACAUGAGAAGGAAAUGGAGAGCUUACGGACUUAUUUCGAAAAGAAAUGCUCUGACAUGGAAAGGAGUUACUCGGAGGAGGUGUGGCGCGACAAGGCGUGCGUGUCCCCGUGCUCGCUGGGCUCGCUGGACGCGCCCGACGCGGCCGGGGACUGCGCGCGCCGCCGCCCGCGACAAGCUCCCAACGACGCGAUGCACUCGCAUGAAACACCGCUCAAGCUCAAGCUCGAUGAAAAUCAGUUGAAGCAAGCUCUGAAGAACGCCUACAAGAAGUACGAGCAACAGAUAGACGAGCUGAAGGCGGAACAUGUCGCGUAUGUCAACGAGCUGCAGACCACGCAUAGAGAAGCUAUCGCUUCACUUGAAGAACAGAUAACCCAGUUGAAGGCGCACAUCCAAACAGCGGAGAACACCGAGGCCAAUGUGUCGGAGUACCAGCAGGACAUCGACCUGGAGCUCGAGAAGACGCUGCAGACGCGGCUGGAGGCGCGCCUGGCCGGCGUGCGCGACCGCGUGCGCCAGGAGCUCGUCAGCCAGCUGCAGGAGCAGCUGCAGGUGCUUCUGUCCGACCCUGACGCGGAGGUAUCAAGCUGGCCGCUGGAGCUGGUCGCGUUGAGGGACAAGAUCUAUGGAGACGCCGCUAAAGCACAUUGUGAGAAAGAGUGUUCAAGUCUUCGCGACGAGCUGACCGUCGGCGAGGACAAGUGGAAGCAACGCCGGAACCUCAGCUUCGACCAGAACAGACAACUGGAGGAGGUCACCAGGGAAAGGGAUGACCUGAAGCGCGUGGCAGUGAGCCUGCACCGCGUUGUGGGGCAGCUGGUGGCGUACUGCGCCAGCGCCGAGGACGAGCUCAACCGCACCGUGCUCGCGCAGCUGCUGGCCCGCCUCGUGCCCGGGGAACACGAUACUAUAUUGGACGAGGAGUCUCGCCCGACGACGCCGGAGCUGUCGGGCGAGCUGAACACGAGCCUGGUGUCGCGCAGCGGCAAGCAUGUGCACUUCGCGCCUGAUCUCAAUGCUAUACUGACGGAUUUCGAUGAGGAGGGCCUGUCGGUGUUCCUGGCGCAGCAGCGCGACGUGAGCGCGGACAUCAAGCGCGAGCUGGAGCACUCGCUGCGGCGGCUGCGCCUCGAGGCGCACGCGCUGCUGGACCUGUCCGCGCGCCUGCCGCACAAAAGUCGGAUUGACACCAACAUGCUGGAAUCAAGUGUACAGAUCACCGAACUAGUUGAAGACCUGGAUUCCAAACAGAAAUCCUGCGACAACUGUGAACUCCAUAGAAAGAACAUGGAGGAAGCGAUGUCUGAAUGUCUACAGCGUGAAAAUUUACUUCGUUCGGAUUUAGAAGCUGCCAUGAUAAAGAUUGCGCAGUUCAUGACCAGUGGCGAGGUUAUAGCUGAAGGCUACGGCACAGGCCCGGGCCCGUGCGGCGGCGGGCCGCGCGCUCGCACCGACGCGGCCGCGCCGGCCCCGCUGUCGCCGGACUGCGGCUCGCCGCGCGCGGGGCUGGCGCGGGACCUCGACUCGCUCUCGCGCGAGCGCGACGACCUGCACCAGCAGUGUUCGGUGUCGCAUGGAAUCCUUACUGUGUGUUACGUCAUAAAUCUUAAGGUAGAAGAAUCCACUAUUUUUGCUGGAAUAACUAUGUCCCGGUAUAGUGUGAAACUCGAAGCGGAAAAAUAUGCGUUACUUGAAUUUAAUGAUUUCUUUGACAUUUUUAUACGGGUUGUCUGUGUACAGUUGGAGGCAGCCAACCGGCAGCUACGUUCGACACGAGCGUUCGUAGAAGAGCAAGCGAGCGAGCGCGAGGCCGAGCGCGACGAGUUCGCGCGCCGUCUGCAGGACCUGCGCGAUGAUAACGCGAGGCUCGCCACCAGGCUGCAGAACAACGCCAGGAUACUCAACGAGAUGCACUGCCUUCGUCUCACGUAUUGCAACUGUCGUGAACACGAUAUGCACGUCGAACAACUGGAGGCCCAAACCCGGGAGAUGAAUCAAAUCAUAACCGAACUGGAAACAAAAAAGAUCGCUACAGACGACCAACUCAAAGCUUCAGAUGAGAAAAUUAGUCUCCUACGAGACAUCAUAACUAACUUGGAAAGUCAACUGGAACAGAAAACUGCUCACGAGACAGAGAUCUUAGAACAAUUAGAACAAAUGAAACAUACGAUAGAAGAGAGGGAUAGCAAGAUGAGGUCGCUGUUGGGAGAGCUGGAGUCGCUGCGGAGCGAGAAGGCCGAGGCCAGUGACGUCACGUGCGUCAAGUGCGGCCAGGAAGACGAAAAGGCCGAGGAUCUCCUAGAGAAAGUCAAAGAACAGUGUCGCUACAUAGAAGAGAUGAUACAUCGGCGCACGCGCAAGCUGGAGAGGAUCCACGAAGUGUGCUCUACAAGUUGUAGUGAACCCAGCGAAGAUGUAUCACUUAGAGAUCAGAAACACAGGGAUUUGGAGGCGCAGUCCCCGGAGCCGGCGGGCCCGCGGCUGGCGGAGCUGUGCGGCGUGUGGGAGUGCGUGUGCUGGCAGGCGCGCGCCGAGGACGCGCUGCUCAAGCGCCUCGCCGACCUCGACAUGCAGCGCGCGCAGCUCACCGACAUCGCGCAGGAGGUGCGCGCCGAGCGCGACGUGCUGCAGGCGCGCAUGUCGGAGCAGGCGCUGCGCAUCUCGUCGCUGUCGGCGCGCCUGCAGCAGCAGCGCAACGACGCGGAGGCGCUCUCGCACCAGGCCACCAGCCAGCUCAGCGUGCAGCUGCAUGACGCACUCGCAGAGGUGCAAAGAUUAAAAGAAGAGCUGGAAUCAAAGGACAAGCAGUUAACACGAGUCAAACAGAACCUAGAAGAGAGAGAAAAGCUUAACGAUGAACAUCUCUCGCUGUAUGGAAACUCAUGUAAUCCGAAAGACAAGGUCAUAAUAUUAGAACGAGAGCUAUCCGCCACACAGUCGCGUAUUGGUCAGCUAGAAAGCUUAGCAAGGAGCUUAGAGAAGGAUAAGGAAGACCUGCAAGCUGCCUUGAGGGACCACCAGAGGGCGCUGGCCGAGAAGGAGGACCAACUGCAAGAGCUGUUGGCGCUAAAAUUGGAUGAAGUGGAACAAAAAGAAAAUGGAGAUGUACUGGAAGGCAAAGCUUCCGCUAGAACUUUAAGUGACAUUGUUUCUAUAUCUGAAUUUGACGAACAAGACCUGCAGAUGCGUAGAGCCGAGUUAAAAGGUCAAAAUGUCAGUUUGAUUGGGGCACCUUACGCUGAUAUCACAAAGGAGAAAACUUUCAACAGGACAUUGCCUCCAGAGUUUGAAAAAGCUAAUAUGAGUUCUCUGAACAUUGAGUACGUAGACCAUUUUGAACUACCCGGAUAUACACCCCGAGCUGACUCCCUGCCGGCACAUUUAACAUCCACACAAAACAAGGACCAGCCCAAGCAAUAUAAGAGAAAUGUCAACGAAACUACAAUGUUUGGAAUUGAAACAAAACAUGCUCAAAUUAUACAAGAUAAUUGCUCAAUGUACCCAAAUAGAGAUGCCAACGACAGCAAAGAUGUUAGCGUCGAGCCGAAGAAAAUUAACUUCUCUUUAGAAACAACUGACAACAAAACAAACAAUGACUAUACCUCAUUAGGAGAACUAGGCAUUACGUUAGAUGUGAGACAAGAAAAUUUCCCCGAUAUCCUCACUCAGUUAAAACAUGAGAUUAAAAAAUCUAGGUCGGAAUUAGAGAACUGCAAAUCAGAACUCAAGCACGCAGAAGAACAACUGUGCGAAUUCCCUGCACUGAAAGAGGAAGUGGAAGAACUAAAGAGCUUACUAGAAAACACUAUGGCCACCAUGGAACAUGAUAAGAAGUUCUAUGAAAAUCAACUUGACAAUUUCUCUUCCAACAAGAAGCUGCUUGAACAAAGACUUGCAGAGUUGACGCAGGAAGUCACCGAUAAAUCAAAAGACUUGCAUGUAUUAAAGGAAGAUAUCCUCAGACGAGAAAAUAUGAUUCUUGAACUCGCUAAGGAAAAACGUAACUUGACAAACAAAAUGACUGAACUUGAAGUCAAAAUAGAUGAGUUGCAAAGUAGGAACAACGCUCUAGAGAAAUAUGAAGAUGAAAACCACCAGAUGAGGGACAAGGUAAAUGAACUUGAAAAGUUGAAGCAACUGGUUUCCGAAAAGAAUCAACAGAUAGACAGUCUGAACCAACACUUGGACAGGUUGGACGACUUGCAAAGAAAUCUCACGGACAAAACGGAAGAGCUGGAUAAUCUAAAAGAAGCAUUUGAAGAGAAAUCCAGCGAAGUCUUCCACUUACAAGAUACACUCGAAGCAUUGAACCGUGACGUUGCCAAACUUAAUGAAGAAAACGACAACCUCAAUACAAAUAACAAAGAAUUAAAACUGAAAUUGACCAAACUAGAAAAAGAACAAGAGAACGCUUCUUUAAAGCUACAGAGUCACGAAAGUGAAUUAGAGCGAGUAAAUUCACUCAAUAGUGAAUUGACAGCCAAGAUUGAUGAAUUAAAACUGCUGAAUGACAAGCUUAAAGACAAAGAAACAGAAAUUGAGAUCUUACAUGAAGACAUAAACGCUUUCCACGAAGAGAUAGCUUCUCUCAAAGAGCAGUUGAAGAUGGUAUCGAGAAGUCCGUCACCUCGUAAUAAGAGCGGUGAUGAAAGGAAGUCGCUGGACAGGCAAGCCAGCAGCGAUAAAAAACAAUUGGUGAAGAUCAGGAAACAGAUCUCGCUUCUGCAACAUGAACUUGACUUUAACAAGAAAGAGUUGAAUGAUAAGGCGUUCGAAUUAGCAAAAGCAAAGUUGGAUGUAACAGAACUGAGGAAUAAUCUAAGCCAGGCCAACAAGCAGGUCGCAGACAAAGACACGGACAACGCCGAGUUGAAACACCAGGCCGAGACUCUGCAGCACGAGAUACAGCAGCUCAUGGAUGAAAAGGAGCAACUAGCGCAACAACUUGAUAACGUUGUCUCUAGGAUGCGAGAAGAAUCAAAUGUGAGUGAGUUGAAGAAUAAACUUCGCUUGAAGGUUGAAAGAUGUCAAGAGUUAGAAGUCGAACUGGAGAACUUGAGGGAAUUUGUAGACAGAGUGCGCAGCUCACCUAGCCGCGGCGGCGGCGGCGGCGGCGGCGGCGGCGGCGGCGGGGAAAGCGCGCGCGCGCUGUGCGUGCGCUCGCCCACGGCCGAGCUGGAGCGGGCCGUGCGCGACCAGCUGCACUACUCGCACACGCUGGACGACGACAUCAUGGAACAGAUAUUGUCAGCGAGCAGCGAUGAAAGAGAGGAGAUUCCUCGAUUAGCUUUGAAUACGUCUAAGUCGUCAAGCUCAAUCCACUCGUCAUCAUCGGACCGCAUCAACCGGCUGCGCUCAGACAACGACAAGCUGCUCAUGCAAGUCAACAACCUAGAGGCUCGGCUCAAGGACAAGGACGCGCUCAUCACGGAGCUUAAUAGGGUCCGCGACAAACUGGUACAAGACUGGCAAACGACUAAACUGCGCUACGAAGCCGAACGCGACAACUGUGGUCGACUGCAACUACUGCUCGACACGCACAAACAGACCGCUGAGAGCUUACAAAACCAGGACUCGAAUAUGAUCCAGAUCUUGAAGAAGCGGUUAGAAGCCGCCAUGCAGUCGGAGCUAGAACUGCAGCAGCGUGAGCAGCAGGCACGCGCCCGCCUGGCGCAGCUGGAGCGGCAGGCGCUCGACCACACCAGCAGCGACCCGCACAGGGCGCAGCUGCAGCAUGAGAUGGAGAACAGCGACCGUCUUAAAGGUGAAGUCUCCCUACUAAAGUCAAAACUGGAAGUGGAACGCUCACGGUUUAUGGAUCUGCAGGCCAUGCUGGACCACAGCCGGCUGCAGGCCGAGCGCGAGAUCAAUGCUAAGAACGAGCAGUGCACUGCGCUUAAGAACGAACUCGCUGAGUUGAAGAGAUUAAAACAUGACGCAGGUGUGCAACUGCUUCGGUCUAAAGAACUGAUCGGUACGCAGAGCCACACGAUAGCGGAGCUCGAGAGGAAGCUAUCAACUGUCGCCAACCACAAGCCCGUUACUGAUGCAUUGACUGAAAUCGAGAGCACCAAAACGGAACUAGCUCGGGAGCUGGCGACACUAAAGAAGUGUGUGCUGGACACUGCGAGCCCCGAGCUGAUGUCUCUCCGGACUGAGAAGCAGCAGCUGGCCGCCAAGGUGGAGCGCCUGGAGAAGGAGGCCGCGGCCCGCGCGCAGGGCCCGCCCGCGCCGCCCGCGCAGCCCGCGCAGCCCGACGAGAGGGACCAGGCUAUACGCUACCUACACGGCCGUUGCCUCCGCCUGGAGAGCUGUCGCAAGGCGCUGGUGUGGCAGAAGCGGUACCUGCAGCGCGUGCUCUCCGGCUACACAGAGCUGGAGAAGAACCUGCGACUACCCUUAACCAGGGCGCCGGAAGUCAGCAAGGGGAAGAAACGGUUCAAAUGCAUCGCCACGGUGGUGGUGAUAGUGCUGCGCAUGGGGUUCGUGGUGCGGCGGCGCCAGCACGUGCGCGCGCUGUCGGCCGCCGCGCUGCUGCGCCACGAGCGGGACGCCCGGGACCCCGCCCGGCACACGCCUAGAGGUGUAGCGUGCAGCAGCCCUGUAGUGGGCGUGGGCACACCGCGGUCCCCGAGCGAGUCCCUCGCGCGGCGCCUGCUCAAACACGACAUGCGGCUCAACCUGCCAGCCUCGCCCGCACUGGGUGAUUACGUUAGAAGAUACACGCCUUACGCAGCGAGCUCACCUCACGAAGAGCCAUUUAUAUUAAGUUCCCCCCGCGGCGAGGUGGCGGCGGGCUACCUGAACAAGCUGGAGCUGGUGAGCCGCUGCCUCAGCCACGCCAUGGACGCGGCGCGGGACGUGCCCUGACCGCGGCCACACACGCGCAGCAGACCCUAGGGGCCCCACAGGGCUCUUUGUAUUCACUUUGGAUGUACUGGUUUUCGAUGAAUUUUUGAGAUAAAUAUUGUAUGCAUGACGUCGAUAACUUUUCAGUUGAUUUUGGAUGUCUUAAGUUAAUUGAUCGAUAAUUAUCAAUAAAUGCAAUUCAAUAAAACAGAAACAAAACAAGUCAGGGUAAAUAUUAAAAAAAAUGUACCGUAAAUUGAUUUAAAGAAUUAACAUUGUUGCAUCUCAUGAUAAUUUAUCUACAGUUAAAGAAGUUACUAAUUAAAUUAAAAAGAGUGGAUAAUAGAGUUUUUACAGCAUUUCAAUGUUUCACAAUGCAUUUUAUGACCUGGUUAGAGUUAAGUAUUAGAUUAGUGCCAAAUUUAAUUAGUUUAUUUCGUGUUACUUAAUUUAUUGUUUAGAUUUAUGUAACGCUCCGUACAUUGAAAUGUGGCUCCUAGAAAACUACAUUUAAUUUAUCCCAAGAAAAUUGAUUACAUCGUGACAAAACGUAGAUUUGA